AUGAACUAAUUGAAGAUUAUGUAGAAUCUAAUGAAUAUUUUUUUGAAGAAGACAAGAUUAGUUAUGAUAAUAAACAUGCUAUAGAUUUUUUAGACGAAUUAGAUAAAGAUAUAAAUUCUUGUAAAGAAUUUAUUUCUGAAAUUUCUAGCAAUAGUAUUAGUUCUUGUGACAAAUUAAGCAGUGAUAGUUUAUUAACAUUAGAUAAAAAUAAAUUUUUUGAUGAUAUUGCUAACAAAGCUUUAGAUUCAGAUAAAUU